UCCAAAACGGUGUCCAGGUUUUCCCCUUGAAAUUUUAAGUACGAUUUUGUAGAAAUAAUUGGAUUGGUCAGUCACUUUUGGCUUUGGAAUUUGUUGCGUUUUUGCAACUUGUCAAUAAAAAUGGUGUUUGUCAGUUAAAGGAAAACUCCCACUAUCUUGUGUUUUAAAUUUAGUAAUUUGUUGGAGAAAUGAAUUUGGGCGAAGCAAACGUUCAUGGCAAUGGGCUGUUAUACGCCGGUUUCAACCAGGAUCAAGGUUGUUUUGCGUGCGGCAUGGAGAAUGGUUUCCGAGUUUACAAUUGUGAUCCAUUGAAGGAGAAAGAGCGGCAGGAUUUUACUGAAGGAGGACUGGCUUAUGUCGAGAUGUUGUUUCGUUGCAACUACCUAGCGUUGGUGGGAGGUGGAUCGAAACCUUUAUAUCCACCAAAUAGAGUGAUGGUGUGGGACGACCUGAAGAAGGCGCCGGUGAUCGCGCUGGAGUUCAGCGCGCCUGUGCGCGGCGUGCGGCUGCGCAGGGACCGGAUCGUGGUGGUGCUGGAGGGCGUCAUCAAGGUGUACACAUUCACGCAGACGCCGCAGCAGCUGCACGUCUUUGAGACCAACCCCAACCCCAAAGGGCUGUGCGUGCUUUGCCCGAACAGCAACAACUCGUUGUUGGCUUUCCCCGGCCGCAAGGCGGGGCACGUGCAGGUGGUGGACCUGGCCAACACGGAGAAGGCCCCCCUCGACAUUGUGGCCCACGAGGCGGGGCUCAGCUGCAUCGCUCUCAACCUGCAGGGCACCCGCCUCGCCACCGCCUCCGACAAGGGGACGCUGAUUCGAGUGUUUGACACUGCGACAGGAUCCAAGCUGAGUGAGCUGAGACGCGGAGCUAACACGGCCAACAUCUACUGCAUUAAUUUCAACAAUGACUCGUCGUGGCUGUGCGUGUCUAGCGACCACGGAACGGUGCACGUGUUCGCGGUGGAAGACCAAAAACUUAACAAACAAUCCAGUCUGGCCUCUGCCACAUUCCUGCCAAAGUACUUCAGCUCUAGUUGGAGCUUCUGCAAGUUCCAAGUGCCUGGCGGACCCCAGUGCAUGUGUGCCUUUGGAGCGGAUAACAACUCUGUCAUUGUGAUCUGCGCAGAUGGGAGCUACUACAAAUUUGUGUUCAACAACAAAGGCGAGUGUUCGCGUGAUGUGUACGCCCAGUUCCUGGAGGUGACAGACGACAAGGUGUAGUGGUUGUGUCGCCAGUGUGUUUCGUUACUGCUUGCUUCUUCGGAGAACUUAUAGUACAAGCUGCGGCUAGGCUUGCCAUCAUCGUGACACGCAAGUCUAAAUGCCCAUGUAGCUUAUUGUAUACAGAAUUCCCAGCAUUUUGCUGCGUUUUGCAACAUCUGGUGUUCUUGUUAUUUGAGAGAUUGCACUUCUUUGGAUGUUCAGUGCUUAAGAACUUUAAAAUUUAAAUUAUUUGUAAUUAUAGGUUAUUCAGGGGUGCCCACAAGGGGGGGGGUAACGACGCAGACUGCGUCAUCAAAAUUUCAGGGGGGGGGGGGGGGGUGGUAGAAAGACGAGAAAAAUGUAUAUAUAUAUUAUUUACAUAAUUAUAGCUUCUAAUGUGAAAAUACGUUUCUGGUGCUUUGAUAAAUGAAAGGGAUCUUGUAAAUCAAAUUGGCAACCCCGCACUUUUCUCAACAAAAGCAGUUUGGCAUCUGUCGGUUCAGGAUGGAAAUAUUACCUGAUAUGACCAAAAUUAUUAUUAGAAAAUCAGUUUCAAUUAAUGCAAAAUGUGAUAAAAUAUAAUACUAAAAAAGUAUAAUAUUAUAAAAUAAUUGAGUAAAUCAUUGAGAAAAUGGCAUAAAAGAUUUCGCGGGGGGGGGGAGGGGCACCUCUGGGUUGUUGCUGUCGCUCAUUAGCGACACAAACAUAUGAUGUGGUUUUUAGCAUACUUAAGAAACUUGUGUAUAUGUGAAUUAUGUGAAUAAUGUUGUUACAUAAAUUAUAUUUAUAUAUUUCUCAGCUUUUGGAGCCAGACCAUAGAACUGGUUACUUCCCUCAAGCUACAAAGGUAAAGCCUUUCUUCUAAAAGACUGCAUAUAAAUGUGUACUUGUUGAAUUUGAACUCCUCAUUUUCUUUGUAGAAUAUAUUUUAUUUGUUACAUUAUUUUAGUAUUUUUAUUUCUUGUCACGUAUAUGGUUUUUAAGUUACUUCUUGGUACACACUGUUAUGGUGCACAUUUAUAAAUUGAUUGGAUUUAUUCAACCAGGAAAAAAUAAAUUAUUAAUUGAUUUUACACCUA